GUUCAACGCAUAGCUCGUUAUCCCAUACAAUAAUUCUUCUUUAAUAUCUUUUUACCAAGUCUUCCCUCUUCAUCAGAACCUCCCAAUUAAACAUACAACUCUGCACGUUUUCCCUUACUUGCUUCCAACAUUUCUCUGUUCCUGCAGUUUCUCUAACUGCUGCUAUCAUUUCUGUACCUACAAAUUCUCUUGAAACCCGCCUACAAUUUCUCCUACUUUAUUCUUCAUGUUUAUCCUGACCAUCCCCUUUAGCCGUUAGUUGCUUUUGCCAUAUUGCAUUAUGUGUAGCCCACCUCCACAAUCAUCACCACCAACAUUGCUGAAUUGAUAUCUCCAUUGGCAUUUAUAGGUGCAAUAAUAAUGGGAGGAGAUAGAUAUAGGGCAUCAUGGCCUCAACCUUUCUCCUCCCUUCCUCUUCUCUUCCUCUUCCUCUUCCUCUUCUUCCUGCUCAACCUCACAAACUUUGCUUCAGCCAUAGAAAAUGGUUCUUCCAAUACUGCCACAUUCGCACCUCCUGAUAAUUAUCUCAUCGAUUGUGGAUCAUCCCAAUCAACUCAACUUGAUGAUGGCCGAACCUUCAAGUCUGAUCAUGAUGCCGCUUCUCUCCUACAAACCGAUGAAGAUUUGCAGGCUUCAGUAGAUUCCAUAUCUAUCAAUGCCUCUUCCUCCAUACCUUCUUCAUCGUUACCUUUAUAUCGUACUGCAAAGAUAUUUCUUGAAGACUGCACAUAUACAUUCUUCAUUUCCCAAGUGGGCUGGCAUUGGAUUCGUCUUUACUUCUUCCCAGUUGCACACCCUUCAUACAAUCUCACAGACGCCGUUUUCUCUGUCCAUGCUGACCAGAUUGUUCUCUUACAUCACUUUUCUGUCAGGGACAACACUUCAUUGGUUUUCAAAGAAUACUUGAUUAAUGUUUCAGAUAGAUUCUCCCUCCAAUUUAAGCCCAACAAGGAAUCAUAUGCAUUCAUCAACGCUAUUGAGAUGGUCUCCGCUCCGGACUCUUUAAUCUCGGAUUUAGCAACCGGCAUUUCUCCACUUGGAGAUUUUAAAGGGUUGUCUAAAUUGGCAUUCCAAGUAUCGUAUCGGCUGAAUGUGGGAGGGCCAACCAUAACUCCUAAAAAUGAUACGUUGUCAAGGACAUGGGAACCUGAUAGUCGGUAUAACAUGUUCCCACAAGGGUCUAAAGAUGCAUCAGUCUCUCCCAAAACCAUAAAGUACCCGGAUAGUGGUGCAGCUGCAUACAUUGCUCCAAGUUCAGUUUAUGCAACGGCAGUGCAUAUACAAGACCCACUCACUUUGCAACCGAAUGUCAACCUUACUUGGAAACUGAAGGUGGAUCCAAGUUUCUCCUAUUUGAUCAGGUUGCACUUUUGUGAUAUUGUGAGCAAGGCACUCAACAAUAUGUACUUCAAUGUGUAUAUCAACCAAAUGGUGGGAGUUUCGAUUCUUGAUCUGUCAUCCCUUACCAAUGCCCUUGCCACUGCUUAUUACAAAGACUUUGUUCUAAAUCGGGCUGCCAUCACAAAUGGUUCCAUUUUAGUUCAAAUUGGCCCUUCUGAAUCCCAGUCGGGCAACAUGGAUGCAAUUCUUAAUGGAUUGGAGGUAAUGAAGAUGAGCAACGAGGCGAACAGCAUUGAUGGUUUGUUUACUGCUGAUGGUUCAUACAAGGGACCGAGUUCAGCAAAAAGGAGAAUGAAGAUUUUAGCAGCUGUCGGCCUGGGAAUGGCAGUGACAGCAAUGUUGUUGCUGGCCUCAGUUUUUGUUCGGUGGCAAAAGAGACCAGAAGGUUGGGAGAAGCGGAAUAGCUUCUCAUCAUGGCUCCUCCCGCUCCAUUCCAGUUGCACUAGUUUCUUGUCUAGCAAGACUAGCUCUCGAAGGUCUAGCCUAUUUGGUUCCCGCAAGAGUGGUUACUCUAGUUACUUUGCAUCACAGGGUCUUGGCACGCUCUUCACCAUUCAUGAGUUGCAAAAUGCUACACAAAAUUUUGAUGCAAAAGCAAUGAUUGGCGUUGGGGGUUUUGGAAAAGUGUAUCUUGGGGCGUUGGAAGACGGAACCAAGAUUGCCAUAAAACGAGGAAACUCAGGUUCAGAUCAAGGCAUUAAUGAAUUCCGGACUGAAAUAGACAUGCUCUCCAAGCUUCGCCAUCGCCACCUUGUUUCACUAAUUGGGUUUUGUGAUGAGCAAUCAGAGAUGAUUCUUGUAUAUGAGUACAUGGCUAAUGGACCACUUCGAGAUCACCUCUAUGGCUCAAAGCUUCCUCCUUUGUCAUGGAAACAACGGCUUGAGAUUUGCAUUGGUGCUGCUCGUGGGUUGCAUUAUCUUCACACAGGUGCAGCACUAGGAAUAAUACACCGUGACGUAAAGACCACAAAUAUUCUUCUUGAUGAGAAUCUUGUUGCCAAAGUUUCCGAUUUUGGCUUGUCAAAAGCUGCACCAACAAUGGAUCAAACCCAUGUAAGCACAGCCGUGAAGGGUAGCUUUGGGUACCUUGAUCCCGAGUACUUUAGGAGGCAACAACUAACUGAGAAAUCUGAUGUCUACUCAUUUGGAGUCGUCCUUUUCGAGGUAUUAUGUGCAAGGCCUGCCAUAAAUCCAUCAUUGCCAAGGGAACAGGUCAGUUUGGCUGAAUGGUCAAUGCAAUGUAAUAGGAAGGGCAUGAUUGAGAAGAUAAUUGACCCUCACAUUGCCAGCAGUAUCAACAAUGGCUCACUAAAGAAGUAUGUUGAAGUCGCAGAGAAAUGCCUGAAAGAAUAUGGUGUUGAUAGGCCUGGAAUGGGAGAUGUUUUGUGGCACCUAGAAUAUGCCCUCCAGCUUCAAGAGGCAGAAGCUUCACAGCUUGGUCUCCCAGACAAUAGUGUAAGGGUCAUUACUUUGGAAAAAUCAAUGGAGAACUGUUCUAGAGGAGACAGUGAUGGUGUUGUUAGUGAUAAUUCAGAAGUAAGUACAAUCGGUUCUCCUUUAUUUUCUCAAAUUGGAAAUUUUCAAGGAAGGUAAAAUCAGGUUGCAACAAGAGGAGCUGGAAAUCAAACCAUAUUGGAAAUUCAGGAGACAACUUCCAUUCAAAGCUUGACUCCUUCCUAUAGAUCUUACAGUUUUGAGUUCAGAAAUGAUCUCUUCCCCUGCUCUCAGCAUCUGCUCAACCCGAGAGGAUGACUUGAACCUAGUGCUCUUGUCAAUUUCUAAUGAGAGCUCAAAACUCUAGAAUUUGGCAGCCCAUGAAUCAGCACAAUACAAACUUCAGAUUUGCUACAACUUUUCCCUAAUCAAUUUAAGCCGAAUUCUUUCGUACAAAGCGAAUGAAUGGCGUUGGAGAUUUCAACAUAACAACCGUGGCUUCAGGAAAACCAAAUGCCUUGCCAGUGGAUGAUGAUGAUGAUGGAUUGGAGGGGUUAGAUGCUAUAUAUGAAGAUUAUUGCAGGAUAUGUAAUUGUAGUAUUUUGAGUAGCGUAACUUAGACUGUUGUUUCGUUGUAAUAAGGAUGCAUUGAAUUUUGCAA